UUGGCUCAAAGGCAUCCGACGGAAGGUUGGCAGACGGUAGAUAUUCAGGAGACCGGCAUCAAGCGCCAUGAAGAUCAAUUUGGCGAACCCGACCACGGGCAUGCAGAAGAAGAUCGAGAUCGAUGACGACAAGAUGCUGUACCCUCUCUUCGACAAGCGCAUGGCUCAAGAGGUGGCUGGGGACUCCCUGGGUGAGGAGUUCAAGGGCUACGUUUUCCGCAUUGGCGGCGGCAAUGACAAGCAGGGCUUCCCCAUGAAGCAGGGCGUGCUGUGCAACCACCGGGUUCGGUUGCUCUUCAAGAAGGGCAUGUCCUGCUACCGUGAGCGCCGCAAGGGCAUGCGUAAGCGCAAGUCUGUGCGAGGCUGCAUCGUGGGCCCGGAUCUGGCCGUGGUCCACCUGGUGAUGACCAAGAAGGGGGAGGCCGACAUCCCGGGCCUCACGGACGACCAGAAGCCUCGGCGCUUGGGCCCCAAGCGAGCCUCGAAGAUCCGCAAGCUCUUCGGCCUGGAGAAGAAGGACGACGUGAGGCAGUUUGUGGUCCGCCGAGUGAUCAAGGAGGGCAAGAAGACCAAGGCGCCAAAGAUCCAGCGGCUCAUCACCCCGCAGCUGCUGCAGAGGAAGCGCUACUUCAAGGCCCUCGUGCGAAGGCGCAUGGAGGCUGGGAAGGCCGCCAAGGCGGAGUACCAGAAGCGUUUGGCCGAGUACAACCACGAGAAGAAGGAGGCCAAGGCGGCCGAGCUCCAGAAGAAGAAGGCCAAGAAGGCCUAGGCUGAGAGAUGUGCCGAAAUUCUGCCGCUGAAGUCGAAAA